AUGGAAAAAUGUUUACCUAAGUAUUCGAGGGUUUAUGGCAGUACCUAUUUCAGAUAUUCUAGUGAUAUAUAUUUUAGAAAGGUUGUACAUCAUAUUAGAGAUAAAAUUAAUGGCUUUAUUCUUAAGAAAGAUAAAGAACCAUUAAAGGAUAUAUGCCUAUAUUUGUCUAAUUAUCUAAUUAAAAAUAAGAAUCCACCAAAUUACUAUGCAUCACAAAGAGAAUUAUGGGAAAGAUCAUUAAAUGAAUGGUUAAAUCCUUAUUAUGAAAAGCUGAAUGGACUAGGAGAAUGCCCCUUGAUUAUGAAUAAAAAUGAUUUAGAAAUUUUAAAAUUAAAAUAUGAAGUAGAUGAAUUCUGUAAAGAAAGAAAUAGGCAUCUGACUGAAAUAAGUCUGCCACAAGGAAACCCUAAGCCUGACAGUGAUUAUUCAAGUAGAUGUGACUCAUAUAAUGAAUGGAUUGAUGGAAAAGAAAAGUAUUUCACGAAAAAAAAAAAACUCCUUGAAAAUUGUUAUGAAAGAGAAAAAACGCAAAAAGAUCGAAGAAAAACAUGCAAUAUAAUGGAUCCCGAAACUUUUAGCAAACUACCGAAAUGCAGAUCUACCGUUCAAAAAGAAUCUAGUCGAGGUCCAACUCAAGAAAAUAAAAGCUUACCAGAAGUGAAUAAAAAAAAAAGCGAAGGAGCGUCAAUGCUUGAAGAUCAACAACAAAAACCCGCACCUGAUAUACUCAAAACUGAACCUCAACCUGAACCUCAAUCACAACUCCAACAUGAAGUUCAUAGUGCCCUCGAAAACGGAAUUGGCAAGGAAUCUCAAAGUAUAUCCCCAGUAAGAUCUUCAUCUGAAUCUUCAUCUAUUAAAACUAAAGAUGGUCAUGAAGAUCCUGUACAACAUACACAAUCAAAAUUAUCAGUAUUUCCUAAAAGUCCUGUUUCUACAGAAUCUCAAAAAUCUCCUGUAUCUAUAACUUUGCCUACAAGUCUUGGCGUCUCAGGAACUCCAAUCGAUUAUCAAAAUAUUCGAUUAUCAUCUGGAAGUUCAAAUUUUCCUGAUAACUCUAUGCCCUCUAAAAUUUUAGGUAGGAUAUUUAAAAAAAAGAAAAACAUAAAAAGAAAACAAGUGAGAUUUCUUAGAAUACUGCUACCUUCUCUUUCUGACAAAAAAAACAAAUAUUUAACACGUUUUCAUACAGAAAGCACAUUAUAUGAUGAUGAAGAAAUCAUAAAAAAAUUAAAAAUACAUGAACAUAACACUAUAAAAAAUACAAAUAUAUUAAAGAGAAAAAAAGAAAGAUUCAAAACUAUUAUAGAAGUACAUAUGGAAGUACUGGAAGAAUUCAGAAAUGAAGAAUGGGAACACAAAAAAAAAGAAUUUUUACAUUUAUGCCUAGAACUGUUCGCAAAAGCGGAAUAUAGCACAUAUCGCAAUUUGACUAAUGAAGAACUGAUAAUGGAAAAUACUAAAAGCAUUAAUGAUAUUGAAAAACAAAAAAUUCUAUGGAAUAAAUGGGUAAAAGAACAUAGUAAUAUUUCUGAAAAAUUGAAAAAAACCAAUUGGUUUAAUAAUUUGAAAAAUGAAUGGAAAAACGAAAAAGAUUCCAUAAAAAAUAGUGUACAAUUAAAAAUGAAUUUUUCAAAUGAAAAUCAAAAAUUUUCAUUUUUAGAAAAAGAAAAAGAUUUAUGGAAAAAAUGGAUAUCAAAAAAGCAUAUGAUUAUAGAACAAUAUUUGCAACAAAAAUGGUUUGAUGAAUUUACACAAGAAUUUCUCAAUAUGUCAGAUGAGUAUGUAAAUGAAGAAAGUAAAAAUAACAUUUCACUAUUAAAUUCAGAAGAAUUACAGAGUAAAGAAUUCCAUGAAGAAUUAUAUAGUUAUAUAAAAAAAAAAUUAAUUGCAAAAUUGUGCAUACUAGUAUUUAUGAUGGUAUUAGAAGAUUGCAAAACAGAAGAUUUUAUAAAAGAUGAGGAAUCACAUUUGGAUAAUUCCAUAAAUGAUUGGAAAACAGAUUCAAAUUUAGGGAGAAAAUCAGAUGCUCCAAAACAAGUAAUUCAUGUUAAUGACACUGCUUUAGAACAUAGAAAAAAUGGGCAAAUCCGUGCUCAAAUAGGGCAGAAAAGUUUUAGACAGGAAAUAGAAGAAUGGAUAAGAGAAGAUGAUACAGCGGCAAAUUACAUAUAUAAUGAGAACAGUGUAGAAUAA